AUGUCUGGGGACAACAACUCCAGCCUGACCCCAGGAUUCUUUAUCUUGAAUGGCGUUCCUGGGCUGGAAGCCACACACAUCUGGAUCUCCCUGCCAUUCUGCUUUAUGUACACCAUUGCUGUUAUAGGGAACUGUGGGCUCAUCUGCCUCAUCAGCCAUGAGGAGGCCCUGCACCGGCCCAUGUACUACUUCCUGGCCCUGCUCUCCUUCACUGAUGUCACCUUGUGCACCACCACGGUACCUAAUAUGCUGUGCAUAUUCUGGUUCAACCUCAAGGAGAUUGACUUUAAUGCCUGCCUGGCCCAGAUGUUUUUUGUCCAUAUGCUGACAGGGAUGGAGUCUGGGGUGCUCAUGCUCAUGGCCCUGGACCGCUAUGUGGCCAUCUGCUAUCCCUUACGCUAUGCCACCAUCCUUACCAACCCUGUCAUCGCCAAGGCUGUUCUUGCCACCCUCUUGAGGAAUGUGAUGCUCAUCAUCCCAUUCACUCUCCUCACCAAGCGCCUGCCCUAUUGCCGGGGGAACUUCAUCCCCCACACCUACUGUGACCACAUGUCUGUGGCCAAGGUAUCCUGUGGCAAUUUCAAGGUCAAUGCUAUUUAUGGUCUAUUGGUUGCUCUCCUGAUUGGUGUGUUUGACAUCUGCUGUAUCUCUGUAUCCUACACUAUGAUUUUGCAGGCUGUUAUGAGCCUGUCAUCAGCAGAUGCUCGUCACAAAGCCUUCAGCACCUGCACAUCUCACAUGUGUGCCAUUGUGAUCACCUAUGUUCCUGCUUUUUUCACUUUUUUCACUCAUCGUUUUGGAGGACACAAUAUCCCAAACCACAUACACAUCGUCAUGGCCAACCUUUAUCUGCUACUGCCUCCUACCAUGAACCCAAUUGUUUAUGGAGUCAAGACCAGGCAGAUUCGGGAAGGUGUAAUUAAAUUUUUACUUGGAGACAAGGUUAGUUUUACCUAUGACAAAUGA